AUGUCUAAAACCACCCCCCUUUUACCGGCGGAGUCGGCUGGCGAUGAAGAGGUCGCGUGGGCUUCUACGAGCCCCAACUCUCACACAAAAGCUGCCUCCAAGAGCUCUGAGACAAAUGCCGCCUCCGAAAGCUCAGAGACAAAUGCCGCCUCCGAAAGUUCUGGCAAGGCAGACUCAAAACUUCGUCCAAAGAUAGACCGCAACUACUUGAAAACACUAGAUAGCAAGGCAUUGGGUGCUUACUUCAGAGCUAUGUCCGAUGAAGAAUUGGAAGAGCUUUUCAAAACGUCCAACGCGCCGCUUCAUAAAGGUCCUUCCAUACCAUACGAUGACUCCGCUGAUAUUGCCUAUGAGCAGGGGAAGCCACUCCCAACCCCAGAUUUCAGCUCCGAUACUACUGAAUCCCGUCCUCCUCGUUUACCGCAGUGA